CAUGUUUGACCGACAUGUAGGGCUGUGCAAUUAAUCGCAAUCGCAAAACAAUCGCGAUUUGAGCACAUGCGAUUUCUAAACCGCAUAAGGCUGCGAUUUUAUUAAUUAAUUUCUAUUUACGUUCUUGUGCGCAAGAUGUUAACCAAUCAGAGCCCACUCAGCGCACCGCUCAAAUUACAAUUGAACUGAGCGGGAGAACAGAAUAGGUGAGCGGGAGAACAGAGGCGAGCGGGAGAAAAGAAUGUAAAAUAUGGAUGUGGGUCAGAAUAAAAAUGAUCUGGUGCCAAAGAGAAAUUCAACAUCAAUCGUUUGGGAGUAUUUUGGAUUCAGGAGAGAGGAUGUGACACAGAGCAAGGUAAUUUGCAAGACUUGUGAAACGAUUAUUGCGACGAAACGGGGCAAUACUACAAACCUGUUUCAACACUUAAAACAGCGCCAUAAAAAGCUCCAUGAUCAAUGCAUGUCGACAAAGUCCAGCGAAACUGACAAAAGCACACCUCAAAGCCAGCCAUCUGAACAAGUAUCCAUCGUUCAAGCAUUUGCAAGCGUCACGCCUUAUGAGAAAGGAUCAAAACGGCACAAAGAAAUCACAGACGCAAUCACAAAUCAUAUAUGCAAAGACAUGGUGCCUGCGUACAUCGUCAGUAAAGACGGCUUCCGAAGACUAAUUCAAACACUGGACAAAAGAUACCAGCUGCCGUCUCGCACUCAUUUCACACGGGUUGCGAUUCCCGAAAUGUAUGAGAAAUGUAAGGCGGGCGUUGAAUACGAGCUUAAAAAGGUGAAAUUCUACGCCACGACCACAGAUAUGUGGUCCAGCAGAACGAUGGAGCCGUACAUGAGUUUAACGGUCCAUUAUAUCGAUGACAACUAUGAAAUAAAAAGUCGAUGCUUGCAAACAGCAUAUUUUCCAGAAAAUCACACUGGAGAAAAUAUCGCUCAAGGUUUAAAAGAAGCUUUAGCAUCAUGGGGACUUUGUGAAGAUCAACAAGUGUCUAUCACCACAGACAAUGGAUCCAAUAUAGUGAAGGCUGUCACUUUGAACAACUGGACACGACUGCAGUGCUUCGGGCACAGACUACAUUUGGCAAUUGAAAAUGCAAUCAAGGAUGAACGCAUUUCCAGAGCCAACGGCUUAUGCAAAAAGAUUGUGGGACAUUUUUCCCACAGUUGGAAAAAAAAAGAUGAUGUUAGCCGAAGCCCAGGAAGAACUUCAGCUUCCCCAACAUGCCCUCAUUACAUCAUGCCCGACAAGAUGGGGCUCAAUGCAACAAAUGAUAGACAGGGUUUUGGAGCAACAGAAGGCAUUGUCUCAGGUCCUUUCAGCUGACCGUAAAACAAGACACCUAGUACCACAGUGGCAAGACACAGAUGUUCUAGAAUCUGUGAGUAAGGCACUGGGUCCACUUCAGGAGUUCACGGAUGCCCUUUCCAGUGAAAACUACAUCAGUGUAUCCUACGUGAAACCAGUUCUUCAUCUGUUGAACACCAAGAUACUUGCAGUGAAGGAUGAAGAUACUGACCUGACAAAGACUAUAAAAUCAAAAAUUCUUAACUACAUCAACAAACAUUAUGAGGAUGAAACUACCCAAGAGCUUCUGGACAU